UUAACACGGGACUCCUGCCGUCAAGGUCAACGGUACCCCUGUGCCUCGGCCACUGUUGGGAAGGCCUUGCCAAAACUAAUGAGAGGACCACCGGUCGCAGAGAACAACUACUACUUCUCGCUUCUUUAUUUGCCUGCUCCGGUUCAGAGAAUUAUUGUCCCUUGCCUGACCAAGCACGUGCCUGUCCUCACCUCAACCAGACCAUGGGGUCAUUCCGAAAGCCCAGACCCCGUUUUAUGAGCUCGCCUGUGCUGUCCGACCUCGCCCGCUUUCAUGCCAGCUCGCCAGCUCUGCAGCUGUCCAACGCUAGUGUUUGGAACAGCGUUCAAACGGCUGUUAUUAAAGUCUUCCAAGGUGGGGGGCUACAGGCCAAUGAGCUCUACACCCUGAAUGAAAGCAUAAGGUGGCUUUUGAGGACUGAACUGGGAUCAUUUAUAACUGAAUACUUUCAGGAUCAGCUCCUGAAUAAGGGUCUGACGUAUAUUUUGGAGAAGAUUCAGCUUCAUAACGAUGAAAAUCAUCUCCAAGCGCUAUCUGAGAUGUGGGUGAGGUUUUUCACAGACAUCCUGCCAACUCUUCAAGCUAUUUUCUACCCUGUGCAGGGUCAGGAGUUGACUGUGAGGCAAAUGGCUCUGCUAGGCUUCAGGAACAUGGUUCUGUUGAAGCUUCCUGUGGAGAACAUGUUUCAGGGCUCCUCGUAUCCUCCUCCAAUCACACAGAUGCUGUUGAUCUUGCAGGGCAUUCACGAGCCUAAUGGACCUACACAAGAGUAUUUCCAGCUUGAGAGGCUAGUAGACAUGGUUGUAUCUCCCUACCUGAGUAACUACCUCUACAUGAACCCGGACGAUUCAUCUUCAGGUGAUUGUCCGGAAGGCCUGAGAUUGGUUAACACUUCACACCUUAGUCAACCUGAGAUUAUGGUGACACAUUUUGGCCAAGACUCUUUCCUGGCACCUCUAAUCGAACACGAGGGCGAAGCCUAUUUGGAAAGAACCGGUGGUGUCCGACGCCACACAGUCGCCAAUGUGCAUUCGGACAUCCAGCUCCUGUCUAUGAAAAACAGGAUGUCUUCAGAAAAAGUAGAGGUCGGCGGGGCAACCAGGAUGACCAAGACAGAGAGCAAACGGACACCUAAGACUUUCUGCAGCGAACCAGCCUUUUUUGACUCACGGCCAGGUGGCGUGGAAAUCCUCCGUGGGCAAAGCACUGCAGAGAUAAAGUGUGGCAUAACUAGUUAAGAAGCUUCUCUCUCACGCUAACAGAACGCCCACUGAUAUCUUAUAAAGUUACCAUAACUGAGACAAGCUAGAACGUGUUCGCUUAAUACAAUAUGGACUCUACCGCUGUGGAAAUGUGAGCUGUUUUGUGUGCUAAAUACUGUUUGGCCUGUCAGUUUAGCCUGCUUUUAAGAGCUCAGAGGGCGGAGGUGGGUCGAAGAAGCUUUCGCUUCAGCUCUUUCUUGUAAAGCACGCCAAAAGUCACACUUUUUUUCAUGGAGGUGGUGAACCAAUGUGAAAAUGUGCUUGUGAGCUAGCGGUUUACAAAGGUACAGCAGAUACUGAGACGCACGGGAUCACAAACUAACUACAUUUCUUUACACUUAAUGUGUUUCUUAAGCAGUCUCACUGUUUCAUUUAUUUGUAGUGGAAACUAAUCAUGCUGACAUGAAGAAAAACAAGAUUUUUAGUCUUUUGUUGAACAUUUUGAUUUAUUUUAAGGAAUUUUAAUAUUUAAAAAAAAUCUCACAUUCAAUCGGUGUCUAAAAUAAUGUUGUAUAUUUUUGUAGUAAUAAAUUUAACAAAGUGGUUCUGAAAUCAUUUUGGCAUUUCAUUUUUGUUCUGUACGUCUAAGGUUUGAGUAGAUGUCUUCAGACGUUCAUGUGAGCAUUUCUUUGUGGCUUUGGCAUACAGUUAGAGUUCCUUCAGCAGAUUAGCUGUUAAGGAGCUUUAGAUGCUGUUUUCAACAACAACAUUGCUGUUUCAGCAUGCGAGCUGCCGAAGAGCUUUAUCAAAGACUUUUGACCGCGGAGAAGGAAAGAGCAGAUGGUUAUGUGUCGAAGACAAUGUUUUGUUUGCUUUAUUUUGGAUUUGAUUUUAUUAUUUUAGCUUGGUUGGAUUUGGAAUGUGGGUAUUUUAAAACUUUUGAGUUUGGAGGAAUUUAGAGUGAAAAUGUCACAAUACAAAAAUAAUCUUUUUGGUCAAAACAGAAUAGGCUGUAAAAAAUAUAUAUCUAUGUAAAUAUCAGCUAUUGGUUUUUUUAUUGUUCUAUUAGGUCUGGUAGAAGCCACCAGACUCAUUGUGGAAGUUCCUCUUCUGACUGCUACUGGAAGGAAGUUGAGUGUAAUCUUCUUUGAGGUGAUUAGUUCAGUAAGGCUUUCCUAUUAUGAAGACAGGGAAAUUCUGCAGCUGAAGGGCACGAAUACAUGGGAAGUAAGAAGAAAGAAAUUUUCUGGUCUUUGAUGCCAUCUUCUGGAAGGUUUGCUUGAUUGCAGCUCACAGUCAUUAAAUAAAAAUGAGUUCUGUUUCUUACAUUUCUGUUUUUAGAGUUAAAAGCUGAGAACAGAGUACUACUAUAAUUAAUUAUUAUUUAAAAAUGUCUAUUUUAAAUAAAUGCUGUUCUUUUUAACAUUUUAUUCAUCAAAGAAUCCUAAAAAAAAAAGUGACUGUGACUUUGAAGAAUGGAGAAAUGAUGCUGAAAAUUCAGCUUUGACCACAGGAAUAAAUUAUAUUUUAAACUAUAUUACAAAAGAAAAUCAUUAUUUUAAACUGCAAUAAU